GCCAAGGUGGAGUGUGUGUGCUAACAUUGUAUCUCUCUGUUGCGGCGUAGUUUCUUCUUUCUCAUGGAUAUCUUUCGUUCAGACCGGUACGCUGUUCCCCCGCCCCCACCGGAGGACCCCCACGUGAUGGGGGGCGCACAGGGGGGCAAGGAGGGGGAGCUUGGUCCCCCCAGCGCCGUGACGCUGCUGGGCUCCAACCUCUGGGACAGAACCCUGCCCUACGACCCCGACCUCAGGGUGGCGCUCGAGUUCGUGGACCUCGAGGACUUUCUGAACGAGAGCAACGCGCCAUUGGAGGAUCCGUUCAAUACGAAGACCGUCACAACACCACAUAAACUCAGCCCCAAUGAUAACAGUGAUGUUACUAGCCGCGAUAUAACUAGCAGCGAUAGUCUCUUGUCACAAUACUUCGACGCCACAUCAGCCAACACCCCAUCCACCUGCCCAGUCCUUCUCAACUCCCCAACAUGCAGCCCUCCUCCCCUGCUAUCAGUUUCCACUAAUUUCGCCCCACAGACCGACCACGCUUUUCAGGACUCCAAGUCCCCACUUUUAUUCAAUGAUUCAAACAACGCAUCCGAUGCUGGAGACUUCUUCAGUCUGCGUCACUCGAGCUCUCCUGAGGACCUGAGGUCUCUGGACCCCGCCGUGCUCCUCUCUUCUAAUUGCGACAUCAAAGCCAGCGUCGGCCCGAUCAUUCCCGUCCAGAAUUCGUUUCCCUGUGCAUCCUCCGCUUCCUCCCCAGAGUCCUUCGUCAAGUCCUCCCCCUUCUCGAGCUACAGCGACCACUCGCAGGACUGCCACCACUCGCAGGACUGCCACCACUCGCAGGAUUGCCACCCUGCCACUACUACGCAACCUGACACGGGGGGCGGGACUGCGGCACCUAAAGCCCCCGCAGCUCACAGCAUCGACUUCGACGACAGCCGCGCUUCCCUCGAGUGUCGUCCUGACAAGAAGACUUCGUCAGAAAUUAGCGAGACCCUGCAAGUCCCCGGCCAGCCCAAGGACCCGGCAGUACCUGCAGGAUCCCAGCGAAGCAGGAACAGGAAUAAAGAACACGUGCCUCGUGCGUCGACCGCCGGGACGCGCAGACGCCGAGGGCGCGGCGCUCCCAACUACUCGGAGCCUGACGACGACCUGCUCGCCGACCUCUACGAGGGCCUGCGGGACCCUGACGAGGACCUGGAGGCCAGCAGCCGCUCGUCGUCACGAGACCACACCUGCCAGAGGGACGAGAAGUUCAACCCGCGCACCAGGAAGUUCUCAGAGGACGAGCUACGGCCGCAGCCUAUAGUGAAGAAGAGCAGGAAGCAGCUGGUGCCGCCGGAAAGACAUGGGAAGCUGCAGCAGGAGCUGGACGCCGCGCACGCCACCAUCAGGAGCCUCCAGCGCCGCCUCGCCCAGUACGAGCACUGA